GGAGGGUGGACAGAUGUUUGCCAUGUGUCAGCCAAAAGUACCACUCAACCCUCUUUUCCGUGAGGCAAACUCACAACUGGACACAGCCUACCUUGGUGCAAGGGAGAGUCAUCCAGACAAGAACCUCAACUUCAUGGGUGAGGAGGCCUAUGACAACAAUGAGAACUGGAGCCAAACUACACCAGGGAUUCCAGUGCUGGGGGAACCAGAGAUGCUUGAGGGUAAUGCUGUUCAGGUACCAGAUAAUCAAACAUUACUUCUACAUAGGCAGAAUACAAAGAGUAGGAAUGUCCCCCAGGGCCUGAACUCUGACGGUGUGUCCCUUGCCUUUGAGGAGGAGGAAGAUGUCCGCAGACCCCCGGAGGGAGCUGAGGUCAGUGGCUUAGAGCAGGAGAAACGUACAGCUGAGGAAAGGAUUAAGCUGAAUGGGAAGGUGGCCAGCUCCCCUUUAGAGGACAAUGGUUAUGCCAGCAGUUCCCUCAGCAUUGAUAGCCCUGACAGUGGGGGCGCCAGUGCCUGGGACGCGCCUGUUGUUGCUGUUGAAGACCGGAGAGAUCAUUCGGAGUCAAAGCUGCCUGAUGCUGAUCCUGGAAGGACCUCCCCAAUUUCAGAGACCUUGUUCCCAGCACUUGCUGAGGCCUUCCGGAACCUUCAGGACAAGAAGAAAUUCAAGGAGCGGGAGAAAGAGAAGCACCAUGUCCACUUGGUCAUGUACCGCCGCUUGGCAUUGCUCCGCUGGAUCCGCAGCCUCCAGCAGAAGGUGGUUGACCAGCAAAACCGGCUGCAGGAGAGCUUUGACACUAUCCUGGACAACCGUAAAGAGCUCAUUCGAUGUGUUCAGCAAGGCGUGGCGUGUGCCAAGAACCCAGCACAGCCUGAGUUGUGAAUGAUGCUCUCCGUCUUUUUUUGUGAGCUUCACAGUGCUGCUUAGCCUGGUUUCCCAAGUGGGGAGGUGCUUACAGAUUUUCAAAUCUGCCUGCACCCUGUAGGGGAGGGUUAUUUUUAGUGUUCAAUGUUCCUUCCUAUGCUAUGCAAGAGCUUCACCAGAUGAUUAUGCAUGGGCACCCCUAAGGCUUGCAAAAUGGCCCAUAAUUAUUUAUGAAUAGAUGUGACUUAUAUGCUUAUUUCCCUCAUCACUGUGGUGCAUGGCUUCUGCUAGUGAAUGCAAAUGAUAA